CCAACUCCUACUCUCGUCUAAAACUCCCUCGACUUAUCCCGACCACUACUGUUACAACCACUCCGAGACUUUCCUCUCCACAAGCAACAAGCUAUCUGUUGGUGGCUGAUCUGCGUGCCAGAGCCUGAGAGAGACUCUGGUGCGAAACAUGUCGCUAUUCUAGACGGGCGUCAAAGCGUCAACUCUCGAUCUGUUCGCAUCCACACUGCACCAGCAGGCCCCCCAAUCCCGCUACGAUCAUGAUGGACGACAAUGCACACCCUGCUGCCAGCUUCGGCUCCAGCCCGCCUCCUCCGCCUCCUAAACAGUCUUCAACUGUUCGACGUAUCUCCUCUCUAUCUGCAGCCUUGAAGCCUCUCUCUCCAGCCUUUCCCGUCCGUCGAAAACCUCUCCCUGUCAACGCCGCCCCUGUCGUCCAGUCCCCCGGAACACUGUCGUCUCAACGGUCGUUCCAGAAUACACACGCUUCUCUGGACCACGAAGCGCGUACGGACGUCCGACCUACAGCUGACUUGACAGCAGAGACAAAAAACACGACCUCCUCAACGCCGCCGCGUACACAUCUUGAUGACGAUACACUAGCACGAACGACCACGACAGGAUCCUUGCCUCCAUCGAAAGGUAGUAAGAAGACCAGAAGAAAGUCCAAUGCUUCGUCAGUAGAAGGCGUGGCUGUUGAGGAGGACAUGGGGUUAAAACCCGGCUCGAGGCCGCCGCCAGUGCGGACGGAUUCGAACUCCUCGGCGCGGUCGUUGACCGUCAAUGACACGAAGAAACCUCACACGCCCGGAAGCAAGUUCACCUCCUUCUUUACACGCAAACCCGUGGCCUCCCCUAGCGCCGAAUCGUCGGUAACAGAUAUUUCGGACCGGAAAUCCCCUUUACCGUCGCCAUAUGGCGACUCACCGAAUUCUUACUCACAGUCUCCCUCGGGCUUCCAUUUCGGGGCCUCCCUACGCAGGACCCCAACAUCCCAACAUUCGCAAGACUCAAUCGACUUUGAUGGCGGUCCCUUACCUCAAUCGACGCCGGUUGGCGACGCGAAUACCAAGGUUGUCCAGCUGGAAGCAGAACUUCGCGAGAUCAGCACCGAACUUGCAAAUUCAAUCAGGCGAGAGAUGGACUUGGAAGAUUUGGUGGAUCGACUACAAUCUGAAGGCCCAGGCCUUACCAGGGAGAUGGAUCGGACGAGCGACUACUUCUCCGAUUCGGGCACCAGUUCCAUCCGACCAUCUACCAGUGAAGGUAAUACCAAGGAAGAAGUACAAAGGAUCAAGCGGGAGGCGGAACAACUGCGAGCACAACUAAAAGUAGAGAUGUCACAGAAAUGGCAAAACGAGAGGUCAAGCCGGCAGGCGUUGGAAUCUCAUAUCUCGAUUCUGGAACAAAAGCUUUCACAUUCACGCCGAGAGAACAAUCUAUCGGCCGACAUUUCGGCCAAAGCCAAGGAGCUGGAAGUCGCCUUGGACGAUGCAAAGAGGCGUCUGGUCGAGGAGAGGCAGACCAAGGAGAAUUUUGAGGAUCUGUUGACUGCUCUUCGAGUCGAGUUGGAACAGCAUCGAAACGAACGUGACAACCUACGAGAUGAGGUUGUGCCUCAACUACGAUCGCAAAUUGCUGGCCUUGAGUCCAGCUUGGCCGAGGUGCAGAGUCUGAGAGAUGAGAAUGCAGCCCUCCAUGCCGCCCGCACAUUAAACACGCAGUUUCAAUCGAUUGCUGAAGAAGGUGGGAUGGUAGAAUCUCCUACCAGCCCCUUUCCUGGCCGCAGCACGGGCCUACAGAGAUCCAACACCAUCCACAUGAACAGGUCGUCUACCCGAGCCCCGAACAAUCGAUCAAACUCGUUGUCGAGGUCGAAUUCGAUAGUCAACCGCGCUGUACCGGAAAAUCAACAGUCUCUUGCUGAUCAACUAAAGGACGUCAUGGAGCAACGCAAUGCGUUGCACUCCACUGUCAAGUAUCUGCUGAGAAGGCAGGAGGCUCAACGACGACAAUACGAAAAACGACUAAAGCUCGCAGAAGCCGAACGAGACCGGGCCAACUCCAUUCACAGCGCCAAAAAGGGAGGCUACGAACGGGAGGUGCGGAAACUCCGCUCAGAAAUCAAUGUACUACGCAAAAGGACCGAUGAUGCCCUGGAGCAGAAGUGGCAAUGUGAGAAGGGUUUGUCGGGGUUGAAGAUGGACCUUGAUCGAAGCAAGCAAGAAACUGCCAGCUUGAAAACUCUUCUACAAUCCCGUGAUGAAACAGCGCCCGAGGUAUUAUCGUCUUCUCUUGAACAAGCAUUGCAGCAGCUACAGCAACAGCGAGAACAAGCCCGGCAUCAGGAGUCUGCUGGGCUUCUAAACGACCAGGAACUGGCGACAGAACUGGAACGGUCCGCAAAACGGUCGGAAGCGUUGGCUGUGCAGGUGAGAAAGCAGGUACAGGCGAACGCGGAUCUGAGAAAUCGGCUGAAGGAGGCUGCCGAAAAUGGUGAAGCCAACCAACAAGCCUCUGCGGAACAGAUCAACGAAUUACAAGCGAAACUUCGCAAACUUGAGGAUGUCAUCACCGUGGCACAAAUGCAAUCCGAAACAGCCGUCAUGAAGCAUGAAGAGGAAGUGCGAGUUCUCCGAGCCAGCCAUAACGUUCAGCUUAUGCGGACGCAGUCUGGCAGGAAGAAUCCCGCUCUUUUGGCGCCUACUCCCGGGUCUCCUCUAUCGCCCAUGUUUGUCAAUUCCAAGAAAAGCCCUCGACUCGAUCAGACCAGUACCGGGCCAGGAGUGGCUCUUCAACAUGCCCUGAAGACCGAAUAUUUGGAAAACAAAGUGGCCGACCUAGAAAAGGCUUUGGCAGAGGCAGAAAAGGAGAUGGAAGAAGUGGUUGGAAGAAUGAAUUCCGCUCAAAUCGGCGCGGCUGAGCUGGAGUCAGAAAGAGACGAAGCGCUACGCCAAACGCGCAGACUUGAAGCCGCCAUAGCCGCCGAACGGGAGAAAGUGCAGGCCCUCCUCGAUCAGGACUAUACAUCCGAUUACCCUUCCGACUAUUAAUGGGUUUCAGAUCCCAAUCUCAUCUAAUGGCCUCAGUCGACUUUAAAGGGUCAUAAUGCUGAUCCGGCCACUUUCUACCACUACACUAUCUUACUAUUACUAUUGCUGUUGAUAAUUGUUACUAUACCCAUUUUUUGAAAGACUUGUAUUUGGCGACAGGGUUACAAGGGCACCUCGAUACUUGGUCGAAACGCGGUGUAUGACUCAGGAGGGUUCUUGACAAAGUUUCAUCGUGGGGAUUUUGGGUCAAGCAUUACUGUGGGCAGGGGCUUUUUAAUUCACCCAGCAAUGUCUGUGGGCCAGGCAGCAAUACCACCACAGUUUCAAAGGGGCCGCUGCGGAGUUCAGGUUUGAGGUUGGUUCGGAGAUUUGACUGGCUUGGAUAUCCAUGGCACAGAAUGUGUCUAUAGGACUGGCAAGCAGAGACGAUGGUCAUGCCAGUGGUUCAAAACUCGAAUGAAGAUGAGGGCAUUGACAAAAGGUUAGGGAAAGACACGUCCCUGGGAUGGAUGACAGGCUUAUACACCAUUGUUUGAUCUUGCCAAAGAAGGAUCAAUGAACAGCACCUCAGUGGUUAAUACUUGAAUCCGUUCACUCGAGCCUGAACUUGAACUGAAUGCCAGCAUCUGUUUGCAUGUUGGUGUUAGCUUUGGAAUGUAUGCCUCUGCAUACCACCUACAGUAG